ACUCCAGCGGCAAGAGCAGCAGCGAGGUGCUCGUCAGUGUUGAAGUUGGGUUCAGGUUCAGUUUCAGUUACGUUUUGGCGUUUUACGGUAACGCAGCGGACAAGCGACAACAAUAACAAGCAGCAGCAGCAACAGCAACAAUAAAAUCACACACACACAGUUAGAGAGCUAAACAGAGGCGAAGCACCGUUAGUGACGAACGGAAAGUAAAAGCGCGUUUAAGAUACAAAACACAACACUCUCUCAUACACACACACACACACACGCACAGGGAGCUGUUAACAUGGCCGAUACCAUCAACAAGCCGAGCAUACAAAUCCGCAGCGGUUUGCCUUCGCCCCUCAGCGAUAAGAGCCCUUCGCCGGCAACCAAACUGUUGAUCAGUCAUGGCAAACCGAACUUUACAAUUGCCACACGUAACUCACCCAAAGCCGAGGAAGACAACAGCAAUGUGAAUCCAUUGUCACCACAAGCGAUAGCCAACAACAAUUACAAUCCCUACAAGUGCGCCAACAAUAAUAAAUUUGUGGUCGGCACCAAGUUCAAUGGCGUCUUCAAGCCCUCACCUUUGCUCGCCAACGGCAAUGGCAAUGUCAGCUCGGAGUCGUCCAAUGAGGCCGCUAAGGUGGUGCUGCGACGUGCACAGCCCGCGGAGCCAUUGGCAUCGCUGUCAACGGAUGCCGAGUCGGAUGACAAUGUGCCGGAGUUUAUACGGCGACAGCGACGCAUUCAGGAGCGUCUGGCCAAGGAGAAUGUGCUGGACUUUGAGAAUCGUCGCAGUGGCUAUUUUACGCAUGUCAUGAUCUCACCGGAUUCACCGAAUCGCACCAGUUUUGUCGAGACAAUGGCCAGUCCGGCUAUAGUGCCAGCAUUGGAAAUGCCGCUGGUGCCAGCGAAGAUUGAGGAGGAGGAACAGCAGCAGCAGCAGCAGGUGGUGCAGAAUGGACAUAGCGUGGAGCAGCUUAGCAAUGGUCACAGUGAGCAGCAGGAGAAGGCGAAGGUAGAGGAGCAGCAGCAGAGGGAAGAGCAGCAGAAGCGGGAGCAGGAGCAGAAGGAGCGGGAGCAGAAAGAGCAGGAGCAGAAGGAGCAGGAGCAGAGGGAGUUGGAGCAGAAGGAGCAGCUGAAACAGCAGGAGGAAAAGUUGAAGCAGGAACAGGAGCAGGAGCAGACUAAGCAGGAGCAACCCCUAACCAAUGGACAUGCACAGGAGCAGCACGAUGUGGCAGCCGAGGAUGUAGCCAAGGCCAUUGAAGAGGUCAACAAGGCUGUAGCAGGUGAGGAGGAGGCGGAUGAGCCAGUGGUGGAGCAGGAGCAACACGACAAAGUCACGCCCGCCGCCGUAGAAGCUAAAGUGGAGGUUGUUACUCCAAAUCCAAAUCCAGCAAGCAGCAGCAGCAAUCAGGCAACAGAAGAUUCAUCCAUAACCAUAUCGCAUACAAAUGGACACAGCGGCGAUGUGCCCAGUGUAGCCACACCCGAUCCCAGUGGCGCUCUCGGCGUCAACUAUGAGCCCAAGACCGUUGUCAGUUUCGCCCAAGAGUUGGGUGGCGGUGAGAAUAACUAUCCGGAUAAGGUGCAGGUCCUUAAGGAUGCGACGCCAGCGUCGCCAGCGGAUGCCCAGAUGCAGGAGUUGAGCAAACUCAAGUUUGACAUACAGAACGAUGGACAAAAUGGUGAAGUUCUCGUCACGCCUGUCCUCCGGGCGGAUUAAGUGCCGCUGCCGUCCGCUUGGGGGCGUUUUAGUGCAAUUUGUUAUUAAUCAAAAGGAAAUAUGAGAAAAGAUAAAAAACCAUUCAACUAUGUAUUGUGUAUUUUGUGUUAGCCACUAAGUUCAUUAUGAGAAAUGUUGCCAAAUUUAAUUUUAUGCUUUGCGCAAUCAGUCAGUAUCCUACACACACACACACACACACACACACACACAACACACAACACACAAAACACACUCACACAACACACACACACACACAGUAUGCGCCAACUGUUGAGGCUGUCGCCAAACUUGAAGUUUGUGUAUUUGACGACCAGCUGCACUUAACUAUGUUUACUUCAAACAAUUUGCUUUAUUUAAAUAAAUUAUUAUUAAUAAAAUAAAAA